AGAAGAAGAAGAGGCAAGAUAAGAUCUGCUGAUGGACCAAGUGAUUUAAAAUCUCCUCUUGAUGACAAUCAGCAGAAAUGUCUGUGAACUGUCUCCUGAGACACACACUCAGGUUGAAGAGGAAACAUGUAGCUGCACAUUUCGUCCCUCACAGAUCUCUGUCAGGAGCAGAAGCUGUCAACGCUCUCAGACCGUUUUAUUUCGCCGUCCAUCCGGACUUCUUCGGUCAACAUCCCAGAGAACGGGAAGUGAAUGAGAAUUCAUUAAAGAGGUUAAAUGGUUACCUUGACAACCUGCAGAAGCCCGGCUCUCGCUCUCUUCAGCCCAUGAAGCUCACAUUUUACGUCAGGGACACAGGGGACAGCAAGGACGAGCAGCCCGACCUCCUCCCCGCAGGGUUCCGCUCGGUCAGUUUCACCCUGCAGACCAGCGACGUGUUGAGCACGGUGGUGAACGUGUUGAAGUCCUGCAGUCUGCCCGUGGAGCACAUGAAGGGACUGAAGGGAGGUUCACAGACGGCUAAAGGGGCACCUGUGGCGGGUGUGCCUUUCUACAGACCCAUCAGAUGGGACAAGAGCUACUACAGCUUCACCGGCUUCAGGGACCCGGAGCAGGAGCUGCAGCAGGCCCGCAGGGUGGAGCCCACACUCAGCUUUUGGCUGAGAAAAAACGAGCCCGAGGCCACGAAGAAGUACAGCGCCAGUCUUCCUCGCAGAGACGAGCUGAGCAGACUGAAGGAGGAGCUGUGUCACAGAUUUCACCUCUCUGACAUCAGGUGGCAGCGCAGUUGGGGCGUGGCUCACAGGUGCAGCCAGCUGCAGAGUCUGAGUCGACUCUCUCAGCAGAACCCCGAGGCCCUGAUCAACCUGCAAGGACACGACGUCAUGUUUGCCGACCAGUCAGGGAUGAACGCCUCUGGACACGUCAUGUUAGGAACCAUGGAUGUCCAUCACCAGUGGACCAAGCUGUUUGAGCAGCUGCCCAGCUACCGCGCCCUGCAGCAGCAGACCGACUGGCUGAAGGAGCGCAUCAGCCUCCUCGUGGGGGGGACUCAAGUGGUCCACAAGGAGAGACUGGGACCGGUUCAGCUUAUCGCAGACCACUACAGCACCCUGAGCACCUUCCACAAGAGCCUGCUGACGGGACCCCUCCGCCUGCACCCCCGCAGCCUGCAGGGCCUCACCAUGCAGCUGGAGAAUGACCGUUCAAAGCCCAGUCUUCAUGAGAUGGGACACUUCCUCAUCCCGACAAACUGCGACCCCCCAAAGCUGCAGGUCUUCCUCCAGAGCCACGCCCCCGAGGCUCGACAACGCACACAACGCAGGAAACAGCUGCAGGCGGAGGAGGAGUCCAUGCUGAAGCUGUGUCUCCACACUCUCUCUCUGAGGAGUCUGUCCAAGGAGCCCAGCGUCUCCUCCUCUCAGAUGAUCGCGUGCUGUCAGAGGCUCGCCGAGCAGCCGUCCCCCCUCCUGCAGGGCCUCCACCUCUGUGUGUCCCACUUCUUCUCCGUCAUGCAGGACGGGGACCUGUGCAUCCCCUGGGACUGGAAGAGCUGAGGAGGACUCUCUGACAGCUGGUCUGCAGGUCGUAGAGCUUUAGAUGUUUGAUGUUCCUCGGAUAAGACGUCAGGAGAUUUUUUUUUAUCUGAAGGGAAACCUCUGGAGGAAACAAUCAUGUGUUAAACGGUCAUUAAAGCUUUAUCUCCACUGCUGGAACGGACGGACAGAGAGGAAAUCAAGGGUUCCCAAACUGUGGCCCGAGGACCCCCUCAGAGCUCGCACAAUGAUUCACAAGAAAGGAAAGAAACGUUUCUUCUGCACUGUAUUAAUAUUCUAUAAUUCCCUCUGAAACAUUAGACAUCAGAGCUCGUCAGUGAUCAGUGUGAGAGGGAAGACUUUCUUUCCAACAAAGGCCAACGAGCUGAACCGUUAGAGAACCAGAGGAAGAAGUGCAAUACGACGGCAGAUUUGUUCCGUCCACGUUUGAGCGUCUCGAUGAUCGUGGUUUGACAGAGUCAGUGUUUGGGUGUGUGAUGGGUAUUU